CCACAGCAGUGCUGUAAUUGGCUUCCCUUAUAUUUUGUCCAUCUUUGUUUUCUUUUUUUAUUUUUAUUUUUAUUUUUCGUUUGAUACUCCGCAGUUCCUCCAAGUCUCAGACAGUACAAGCGCACAACAGCACACAAAGAAAUCUAGAGAGAGAAAGGCAGAUCUAGCAACAAUGGGUUGAGAGAGAGAAGCUGCUGAAGGUGUUUUUGUUGCAGCUGCCGAUCAAAUCCAACUCAAUUUUGAUUUUCUUCUGUGGUGUUUCAUCAGGUAUUUGUAAAUCUUUUUUGAAGAGAUCAGUUCCUUUUUGUACAUCAGUUUUGGACUCGUGUUUCUGUUGACGAGGUACAAAGCCGAGGAGUGAGAGAUUCAAAACUCAAUUCAUUCCUUUGGUUUUAAAUUGGGGUGUUAAAGUUCUAUUCUUCUGGCUCUGUCUCAAAUUGGUUACGAGGAUAUACUAGUGGUUCACAGAUUGAGCUUUUUUUUGAGGGUGGUAUAGAUACUUUAUAUCACAUUUUUUUGUGGCAUGGCGUCUAUGUCACAAGCGGAGUCUAGACGGAUGUACUCUUGGUGGUGGGACAGUCACAUAAGCCCUAAAAACUCAAAAUGGCUUCAGGAGAAUCUUACAGAUAUGGAUGCCAAAGUCAAAGCAAUGAUCAAGCUUAUUGAAGAAGAUGCUGAUUCCUUUGCUAGGAGGGCAGAGAUGUAUUACAAGAAACGUCCAGAGCUUAUGAAAAUGGUUGAGGAGUUCUACCGAGCAUAUCGUGCUUUGGCUGAAAGAUAUGAUCAUGCCACUGGGGUGCUCCGCCAGGCCCACCGGACUAUGACAGAAGCAUUUCCAAAUCAAGUUCCCUUGGUACUAACUGAUGAUUCACCUGCAAGUUCUGCUUCUGAAGCUGAUCCACGUACGCCAGAGAUGACACCACCUACACGUGCAUUGUUUGACCCUGAUGAUCUGCAAAAGGAUGCUCUGGGAGUAUCUUCAUCUCAUGUCCAAUCUUUCAAGAGGAAUGGGGCAUUUACGGAAGAAUCUGAUUCUGUAACAAGUAGAAAGGGUUUGAAACAGCUCAAUGAUUUGUUUGGGUCCGGAGGCCAUGCAAAAUAUGCAGAAGGAAGAGUGAGAAAGGGCCUCAAUUUUCAUGAUGCAGAGGAGAAAGAUCGAAGUGCACAAAGGAAUGAGAACCACAGUGUCCAGGCUCAAGACUCGUCCGGGUCUGAGCGGGUGGGGGAAUUGAAGAAGGAAAUUUUAAUUUUAAAGGAUGCCCUUGCCAAAUUACAAGCUGAAAAGGAAGCUGGUCAAGUUCAGUACCAACAGAGUUUGGAUAGAUCAUCUAAGCUAGAGUCAGAAUUCGCUCAUGCACAAGAGGAUUCCAGAGGACUUAAUGAACGUGCAAGCAGAGCUGAAGCUGAAGUUCAAACUUUGAAGGAAGCCCUCGCCAAGCUAGAUGCUGAAAAGGAUGCUAGCUUUCUCCAGUACCAUCAGUGUUUGGAAAGGAUAUCUAAUCUAGAGAAUGCUAUUUCCCGUGCCCAAGAGGAUGCUGGGGAACUUAAUGAGCGAGCUACCAAAGCUGACACUGAAGCCCAAUCCCUAAAGCAAGACCUUUCUACUGUGGAAGCUGAAAAAGACGCUGCUCUUGAUCAAUGCAAACAAUCUCUGGAGAUGAUAUCAGAUCUAGAGAAAAAAUUAUUGCAUGCGGAAGAGGAUGCCAGGAAGAUUAAGGAGCGAGCUGAUAAAGCUGAAAGUGAAGUUGAAACUCUGAAGCAAGCUCUUGCCAAACUAACUGAAGAGAAGGAAGCUGCAGCUCUCCAAUAUCAGCAAUGCCUGGAGACAAUUUCAAGUCUAGAGCAUAAAAUCUCUCGUGCGCAGGAAGAGGCCCAAAGGCUUAAUGCCGAGAUAGAUAAUGGAGUUGUGAAGUUAAAGGGUGCCGAAGAACAAUGUCUUCUGUUGGAGAGAUCAAAUCAGUCUCUUCAUUCUGAGUUGGAAUCUAUGGUCUUGAAGAUGGGCACUCAAACUCAAGAACUUACAGAGCAGCAGAAGGAAUUGGGGAGACUCUGGACUUGCAUCCAAGAAGAGCGCUUACGAUUUGUGGAGGCUGAAACUGCCUUCCAAACUUUGCAGCAUCUGCAUUCUCAAGCUCAGGAUGAAUUGAGAUCUCUGGCUUCGGAGCUACAGAACAGGGUUCAGGUUAUAAGGGAUAUGGAAGCUUGUAAUCAUAGUUUGCAGGAUGAAGUCCUGAAGACUAAGGAGGAUAACAAGAGCCUCAAUGAACUCAAUUUAUCUUCAGCGAUGUCAAUAAAAGAUAUGCAAGAUGAAAUCUUUGGCUUAAGGGAAUCAAAAGAGACACUUGAACAAGAGGUCGAACUCCGAGUGGACCAAAGAAAUGCUCUUCAGCAAGAAAUUUACUGUCUCAAAGAGGAACUGAAUGAAUUGAACAAGAAACACCAGGCUAUGUUGGAGCAGGUGGAUGCAGUGGGCUUUAACCCUGAGUGCUUUGGAUCGUCAGUGAAGGAACUGCAGGAUGGGCACUCAAAUCUAAAAGAAACCUUCCAAAGAGAAAGAAGUGAGAAAUUAGCUCUUCUGGAGAAGUUGGAAAUCAUGGACCAGCUUCUUGAGAAAAAUGCGCUAUUGGAGAAUUCCCUCUCAGAUUUGAGUGCCGAGUUAGAAGGGGUUAGAGAGAAGAUAAAGGCACUGGAGGAAUGCUGCCAGUCUCUUCUGGAAGAAAAAUCUUCUCUUGUUGCUGAGAAAGCCACUCUAGUAUCUCAGUUACAGAAAACGACUGAGAAUUUGGAGAAAGUCUCGGAGAAGAACGCCUUUCUGGAGAACUCCCUUUUUGAUGCUCAUGAUGAACUUGAAGGGUUGAAGGUGAAAUCUAAAAGCUUGGAGGAUUCAUGCCAGUUGCUUGGUGAUGAGAAGUCUGGUCUUAUCAAUGAGAAAGAUAAUUUAGUCUAUCAGCUGGAAAUCACUCGACAAAGAUUAGAAGAAAUGGAGAAAAGGUACGUAGAAUUAGAAGAGAAAUAUUCAUUUCUGGAGAAAGAGAAAGUAUCCACACUUCAUAAAGUAGAAGAGCUACGGGUUUUCUUGGAUGCAAAAGAGCAAGAACAUGCCAGUUUUACAGAGUUGACUGAGACAAGGUUGGCUAGCAUGGAUACCCAGGUCUGUCUCCUACGAGAAGACGGUCAGCUCAGGAAAAGAGAACUUGAAGAAGAGCUAGAUAAAUCGAUGGAUUCUCAGAUUGAGAUCUUCGUCUUGCAGAGGUGUGUACAAGAUCUGAAAGAAAAGAACUUCUCUCUGUUGAUUGAGUGUCAGAAAGUCUUGGAGGCAUCCAGAAUGUCAGAAAAACUGAUUUCUGAAUUAGAGCAUGAAAAUCUUGAACAACAGAUGGAAGUGAAAUCCUUGCUUGAUCAAACCAAUAAACUGAGGGGGGGCAUGCAUCAGUUGGUGAAGGCUCUUGACAUUGAUCUGGACCACGGGUGUGAAGGUAAGAUUGGGCGAGAACAAACAUAUCUGAGUCAAAUUCUUGGCAAACUUGAAGAUACAAAAUAUUCCUUGUGUAAAACCGAGGAUGAAAAUCACCAGCUGGCUUUUGAGAUUUCUGUUCUUGUCACACUUCUCGGGCAACUGAAAUUAGAAGCAGCAAAUCUUGAGACGGAAAAAAACAUUCUUAACCAAGAGUUCGGCAUCAGGACUGAGCAAUUCUUGCUGUUGAAGAGUGAAAUCAAUAAACUUCUUGAGAUGAAUGAAGGAUUGCAUUUGAAAGUGAGGGAGGGGGGUCAAAAAGAGGAGGCACUAACAUCUCAGAUAGAGAAUCUAUGUGGGAAGUUGUUGGAUAUUCAAGGGGCAUUCAAUAAUUUACAGAAGGAGAAUUCAAAGAUUCUUGAAGAAAAAAGAUCCUUGAUGCAGGAGUUCUUAGAUUUGGAGGAAAAGAAUCAUACCCUGGAAGAGGAGAACUGUGUUUUCUUUGGUGAAACAUUAUCUCUGACUAACCUCUCUGUGAUUUUCAAGAACUUUGUUGAUGAGAAAUACGUCGAACUAAAGGAGCUUAAUGAAGAUCUAGACAACCUUCAAGUUGUCAAUGGUGCCCUUGAGGAGAAGUUGAGAGUAAUGGAAGGAACAUUAGAAGUGGUACAGAUAGAAAAUUUGCAUCUCAAAGGAACAUUGCAGAAGUCAGAGGAUGAGCUAAAAGCAGUUACCUGUGUUAGUGAUCAUUUGAACAAUGAAAUUGCAAAAGGAAAGGAUGUGUUGCAGAAGAAAGAAAUGGAACUUUCCGAAGCAGAACUGAAGCUGUGUGUCAGGGAGAAUGAGAAGUCAGAGUUGCAUAAAAUAGUGGAGGAUCUGAACAGGGAAUAUGAUGGGGUUAAGAUGGUUAGAGACGACCAAGAAAAACAAAUUUUCGGACUAUCUGAAGACAAAAUUCACUUGAGCAAGGAGAAUGAGUGCCUUUGUGAAGCAAAUCGGAGAUUGGAGAUUGAACUACACCGACUGCAUGAAGAACAUGAAAAAAGUAAAAUCAGAGAGGAUAAUAUGUGCUCCGAGCUGCAAAAGGGAAAGAAUGAGAUCUCUCGAUGGGAGACUCGGGCUGUUGCAUUAUUUGGUGAAUUGCAGUAUUGUACUGUAUGUCAUGCUUUGUAUGAAGAGAAGUUUCAUGAGCUUACUGACGCAUACGAGAAACUUAAAGAUCAAGGUACUUCCAAAGAUAUGGAUAUUGAACUGCUGAAAGAAAGGUUAAGCACUUUUGAGUGCCUUUGUGAAGCAAAUCGGAGAUUGGAGAUUGAACUACACCAACUGCAUGAAGAACAUGAAAAAAGUAAAAUCAGAGAGGAUAAUUUGUGCUCCGAGCUGCUAAAGGGAAAGAAUGAGAUCUCUCGAUGGGAGACUCGGGCUGUUGCAUUAUUUGGUGAAUUGCAGUAUUGUACUGUAUGUCAUGCUUUGUAUGAAGAGAAGUUUCAUGAGCUUACUGACGCAUACGAGAAACUUAAAGAUCAAGGUACUUCCAAAGAUAUGGAUAUUGAACUGCUGAAAGAAAGGUUAAGCACUUUUGAGUGCCUUUGUGAAGCAAAUCGGGGAUUGGAGAUUGAACUACACCAACUGCAUGAAGAAUGUGAAAAAAGUAAAAUCAGAGAGGAUAAUAUGUGCUCCGAGCUGCAAAAGGGAAAGAAUGAGAUCUCUCGAUGGGAGACUCGGGCUGUUGAAUUAUUUGGUGAAUUGCAGUAUUGUACUGUAUGUCAUGCUUUGUAUGAAGAGAAGUUUCAUGAGCUUACUGACGCAUACGAGAAACUUAAAGAUCAAGGUACUUCCAAAGAUAUGGAUAUUGAACUGCUGAAAGAAAGGUUAAGCACUUCUGAAGGUGAAAAUGGACGACUCAAAGGUCAGUUGGCUGCAUAUAUCCCAGUCAUAACUUCUUUGAGGGAUUGUAUAUCAUCUUUGGAGAAUCAGUCCUGUUUGCAUACAAAGAUUCAAAAAACUGACAUCAAGGACACUAAGGAUGCUAAAUUGGCAAGUUCUUUGCAUGUUGAGAGCUGUCCCGAUGAAGAUCCAAAUGUCAUGGUGCCAAAUGCAUUUUCAGACUUGCAGGAUUUGCAAACUAGGGUCAAAGCUAUCGAAAUGGCAGUGAUUGAGACUGAGAAGCUUGCAAUGGAGGAAAACUUAAAUGUGAAUGCCAAACUUGAGGCCGCGAUGAGACAGAUUGAAGAGUUAAAAUCUGAAAGCAGCUCACGUCAAGAAAACGCUAAGCCAAUGUCUGAAAUCUCUGAAGUGGAGAAUGGACUUCUAACAAAAGAUAUUAUGCUUGAUCAGAUAUCUGAAUGUUCGUCCUAUGGGAUAAGUAGGAGGGAACAUGUUGGGGCUAAUAAUCAGACGCUCGAGUUGUGGGAAGCAGAUCAGGAUGGUAGCAUCGAUCUUACUGUUGGCAAUGCAAAGAAGAUCGUCAGUAAACCUACUGAGAAAGGUAAUGAAUACCACCAGAUUGAAGCGAUAAAGGAAAAGAACAAUGCAUAUCCCACAUCAGAAAUGCUGGUGGAAAAGGAGUUGGGUGUGGAUAAAUUAGAGAUAUCCAAGAGAUCUACAGAGCCUCAUCAAGAAGUCAACAAAAGAAAGAUUUUGGAAAGACUUGAUUCUGAUGUCCAGAAAUUGACAAACCUUCAAAUUACCGUGCAAGAUUUGAAGAAAAAAGUGGAGAUAACUGAGAAGAGCAAAAUGGGUAAAUCUGAAUGUGAUACUGUGAAGGGUCAGCUGGAGGAGGCCGAGGAGGCCGUACUGAAGUUGUUUGAUCUCAAUGGGAAAUUGAUGAAGAAUAUUGAAGACAGUUCCUUCUCCUAUGCUGGAUUAUCCGCAACGGAGUUGGAAGAGAGCGCGAGUGUUAGGAGAAAGAAAAUUUCAGAACAGGCACGAAGAUUGUCGGAAAGAAUUGGGCGGUUGCAGUUGGAAGUGCAGAAACUACAGUUUGUUUUGCUGAAACUUGAUGAUGAGAAAGGUAGCCAAGGAGGGACUAGAAUCCAAGAAACAAAAAGAAGAGUUCUCCUUCGAGACUAUCUCUAUGGUGGGAUAAGAACUGGCUACAGGCGAAAGAAAGCAAGCUUCUGCGCAUGUGUCCAGCCUCCAACGAAAGGAGACUGAGGUAUUUACAUUUACAGAAGCAUAUCAGUAGAGUUUAUAUUAAUUAAAGAGAGACUUUUUUGUUUAUCUGUAAAUUUUUCGUUCCUAGAGAUGAUUUCAGAAUUACAUGUGUUCCCUUGGUUUACAUAAAGAGAAACUUGUCUUGUUUAGUUUCGAGAAACUGCUGUACAUGUCAGGCCCCAUCGAAUCAAAAUAAGCUGUAUUCAGAAA